AUGCACGCGAACACCCUCUAUCGCGACGACAUCAGGCGUACCGUGCACGUGACGCGCGGCGUCCUGAAUCUGAUCGGCGUGUGGCCGUCGUUCGGCGAUCCGUCCGCUCUCACGAUCGUUCGGACGAAAAUGCUGCGCGUUAUGUGUCAAUGUCUGCUGUACCUUGUCUUCGUGCCGGGCGUACUGAAGAUGUUCCUGCGGGAGACCAACUCGCGUCGUCGUUUCAAGAUGAUCGGACCUAUGUGCACCUGCCUGAUGGCUGUGCUGAAACACGCGGCGCUGAUCUGUCGGAGCGAUCGGAUCAGGGAUUGCAUCCGACACCUCGAGGAGGACUGGAAGAGAGUGAACCUGACGGAGGAUCGCAAGCUCAUGACGGGGAACUCGAAAAUCGGUCGCAGUCUGGCGAUCCUCUGCGUCGCGUUCGUUUACGGAAGCGGAUUCUCGUAUCGCACGAUCGUGCCGCUAUCGCGCGGAAUUGUUGUCACGUCGCAGAACGUGACAAUUAGACCGCUAGGAAUCGACGGCUAUUACCUGUUCAUCAAUCCGCAGAAAACGCCGGCUUACGAGAUCAUCUUCACGAUCCAGUUUGUCUCGGGUUUCGUUCAGUACUCGCUGACAAGCGGCACUUGCAGUCUGGCGGCUCUGUUGGUGCUGCACGCUUGCGGCCAGUUGAAAAUUCUCAUUGCCAGGAUGGAGGACCUCAUGCAGAUCAAGCAUCUUCACGAUCGAAACGCCAACAGAAAACUGACGGCCGUCGUGAGGCAGCAUAUACGAAUUAAAAGAUAUUCUUCUUACCACAACAAAAUGCCAUCUAGCUUUUUGAGCAAGGUGGAGGAAAGUUUGCAAUUUUCGUGUCUGGUAGAAGUAGUCGGGUGCACUUUCAUCCUGUGUCUCCUAGGAUAUUACAUAAUAAUGGAAUGGGAAAACAACGACGCGGUAUCCAUGCUGACGUACGGUAUACUCCUCUUGACAUUCAUCUUUAACAUUUUCAUACUGUGCUUCAUCGGCGAGCUCCUCACGGAUCAGAGCGCGAAGAUGUACGUCACUUCCUGUACUCUCGAUUGGUAUCGGAUUCCUCACAAGACCGCUCGCGGCCUCGUUCUGGUGAUUGCGGUUUCCAGUAUUCCCGUCAAAAUCACCGCGGGAAAAUUUAUGGAUCUGUCUCUGAACAGCUUCGGCGCCAUCGUACGGACAUCGGUAGCGUACUUGAAUAUACUACGCACAACGAGUAUUUGAUUCUCAGGCGA